AUGGACCGUCCGACUCCGACGGCCCAGCCGAUCGAGAUUACCCAUCAUACUCCUUUCAACCUGAAUUCGAGCGCGAAUCAGCACUCGGUCUACAUCCCGGGCACGAAUACGAUCAUCCAGCCGACGGGGUCGUACAUGCCUGCACCCCCAUCAGGCGCUCCUGGGUUCAGGAACGAACAGGUAGGGGUUUGGCAAGGCGAUAAGAGUCAGCGGAGGGAUGAUUGGGGAGGGACCAAGUUGGUCGGACGGCGAGAAGGGACGUUUCAGGUCUUGGACGAUCAUGCGGCCGAUGCGCUGAGACCAAACUUGCCUGCGAGACAACGACUAUCGAAUACCUGGACAUUACUGUUCUCGCUGGACCAGCACGGCGGGUCCCUGUCCACUUUUUAUAGGCUCAUCGAGGCUUACUCGAAGAAACAUCCUCAUGCUGGGAAUCUAUUGAUCGUCAAAGACGAAAACGAUAGACGGUUCGGUGUCUAUAUGAACGAGUGGAUAAAAAGGGUCGAAGGGACGUAUACUGGAAGUGGCGAGUCAUGGCUUUACAAGAUUGCCGGGAACGACCUGGAUGCUCGCGCCAAGGUGUUCAAGUGGACCGGACGGAAUACCUAUUUUGCGUUGUGUGAAUCGGACUUCAUCUCGUUCGGGGGAGGCGACGGCAAGUACGGUCUAUGGGUGGACAAGGUGUUUCAAAACGGCUCUUCGGCGACAUCGCCAGCCUAUGCGAACGAGGUGCUCUGCGCUCAAGAAGGUAGCACGCUGGAAAAGGCACGGUUCGACUGCAUGGGCCUCGAGGUAUGGGCCACGUCGGGAUGA